AUGGGAUUUUUGAGUGGUGUGCUUGGUGCGGUGAAAGAUGAAAAUGAAGUGACAACUUAUGAUGAUAAUAAAGAAUUAAAUGAUAUAUUAAGCAAUUUACAAAAUUCGAUAGGUAAGGGUUCCAGUGUAUUUUCCUCUCAGAUUACGCAGGUGUCCCAGUGGCUUCACAGGUAUGAGAUGCGUUUCGGCGAUAAAACGGGAGCAGCAACAAGCGCAUUAAGUGCGUUAAAUAACAAGAAAAUUGGCGAUGAAUUCAUGAAACGUGUUGCAGGUAAAGGUCACGAAAAACUUCAGAAGCAAUUGGAGGACUGGACCACGGUGGUCGGAGAGAUUGAGACUGAAUUGAAUAAAAUCGAAAAUGAAAAUGUUAAUGCGCUUGAUAAGUCGUUACGCGAGAAAAUUAAACGUGAAAUGAAAGAUGUUAGAAACGCAUUGUGGCUGUUGAAGGAGAGCGCUGUUAAGGAGGAUUUCAGGAGGCAGGUGAAGGUAGUGGAUGAUACAUUAGAAGCUGAGAAAAAAAAGUUGGAUGAGGUUAUUAAUAAAGAGAGUGCUACGGUUCGAAAGGUUCUGGAUAAGGAGAGCGAUAAUGUUAUUAAUGACGUAAACAAAGAUCUAUUAGAGCUUCAGAAGACGUUGGGGGAGGAUUACAAUAAUCUAUUCAAAGUAAUUAGCAAAAUUACAGAAAAAAGGAAAACUGGAAUGAGAACCAUUCGAGGAAGCAUUGAAUUCGCGAAGACUGAGGUUAAUAACGAAUUAGGAGCAGCAGGCGCCGCAAGAAACACUAUUGCACUGAUGUUUGAGAAAAUCAAACAUUUGUUGGAAAAGGUGGACAGAGAUCAGGGUCCAGGAAAAUUAAUGUCUCAUCUUCGUCAUCAAGUUAACGAAAUCACUUCAGAGCUACUAGCAGUGGGUAGGAAGCUACAGCGAUAUGUUGAAAGUUUAAGACAAAGCAUUGGCCAAGCUGAACAACUACGUAGAAUAGCUGCACAAAAGGUUAUGGAUGUGCACAAAGCUCUGGAUCACAGAACGAUUGAUAAGCUAACGCGUAAAAAGUCGACACUUGGUCAAGAAGUGGACAAAAUAGUCAAUGCCAAUCAGGCCCUUAAUGAUGUUAAUAAUAAACUUGGCGCUGAAAUUGCGAAUCUGGGGGAAUGGAACGUGAAGGCGCAGGGUGCCGCUAGUGUAGCUAUUGAGAAGUGCGAAGCUGUAGUUAAAGCGCUUGACCAUACAGAAAAUAAAGAGUUAAAAAAUGCCCUCGAACAAAUCGGUACGACGACUCGACAGCUUGAUACGGCUUAUACCAAGACGCAAGACCAUUUAGUGAAAGAAGUCGCAAAAGCAAAAGCAGCAAAUCAACGACUCAAUAAUAUUAAUACUGAAGUCACCGCUAACGUAGACGGCGAUAUUUCUAGUCUGAUUAGCAAGUUAAGCAGCGACAAAGGUAGCGUUAUGAAGAAAAUGGGUAGUGAGAGGAUUAAAAAAGCAAAAUCAUUCAUGGGUGAAUAUCAAGACAUUACUCAUAGCGACUUGAAAUUAUUAUUUGCAGAUGCCGGCAUAAAAAGUGAUUUAUUAGGUGCUCUUCAGGCUGCGGCCCAAAAGGGUAUCCAGGCGUUUCACGAUAAGCUUUCUCGAGACCAUAAACUGACGCCUUUAGCGAGUAUUACAGAAAACGUUCACGAAGUUGUUAAUGAAACGGUGCGACAAUUAAGACAGCAAAUUGAUAAGGCUGUUGAAUCCAUAAAGACACGCCUUCGUGAAAUAUACAAAAUGGUUGAAAACAAGGCUGACGAAAACAAAGGUAUUAUUCCUCAGCACCUAACUCUAUACUAUUAUGUGAUGAAGAUGAAAAAUAUGCUCAAACAGGACAUUAAAGAAACAUAUGAUGUUUCAAAGGAUCUCACCAAAAUUCACGAUCAGCUGAGUGAGCUCCACGGAAAGGAAAUACCUGACCAAACGAAAACCAUCUUUAGAUCCGUUGUGGCAAUCACUGAGCAACUCAAUACACUCGGAUUCUCAUUAAAAAAUAAAUUCAAUACGGACGAUCUGAUGGACAAAUUGGAAGACUUAAAUAGUAAGAUUGGUGAAAAUAUAAAUAAUGGCGUCACACCUACAGGCAGCCUUAAGGCACUUCAUGAUGAACUUGUUGCGCUUACUGCCGGAGAGCUCACUGAGAGCCCAACCAGUAAAAUUCAGACUGCCAUAAAUGAAACGCUGAAAACGGUUGAGAAACUGGAAACUGUGCCCUCCAACGUUGACGACAUAAGAGUUGAAGUAAACAACUGUUUGGAUAAGCUGCGGAAAGAACUCAUUAAUCACUUGGACGCCACUGACCUCGCAGUCUCUCAAGCAAACGAUGGUUUGAAACAUGAGAUAAAAGCCGUCUAUGAUGCCGUUGGUUCGGCAAAACGCAUUGCCACUCAAGCCAUUGAAGCCAUCAAGGUCGCACUCGCAGACGCAGUACGAAGAGCCUUUAACAGUGGUCAAAACGCAGUGAAGGUACUCCAGGAAACCCUGAUAUACAACAACAAUAGGGCGUUUGACGAACUCACUACCCAGGUACGUUCCUUUUUCUCCGAGCAAAAAUUGGCCGAUCUCUCCGCCCUGCAAACCUUACUCACCAGACAACUAAGAGAGAUCACUCAUAUCAUUGAUACCGACCAAGUCACUGGUGUUAAAGGCCUCUUAGUCAAAACGAAAAAUGAUUUUGCCGCUCCACUUAAUUCUUUCUUCACCUCCCCAACUCCAGAACAGAUGAAGCUGGCCGACUUGGCAGACAAGCUUAAGCAGUGUUUCACUACCACGUUCACAAACCUCCAGAAGCAAACCGAUUUCAGGUUCGACCACCAAACUUUGGAGACUUUCAAGUCCUCUCUCACUAAGUUACUCACCGGCCUCGCCACCUCACAGCACUUCGACCACAAUUUCACCACCAACCUAAAUUCGCUCAUCACGACGCUCGCCCGGAUGGUCCCUCAUAAAUUCGGUGAACCUUCCACACCGCUGCUUCAGACUCUCAAGGACGGUAUGGAGGCAUUGGCAGGUCAGCUCAACCACGCCUACGUUAACAGCUACUCCGGCCUGACCGUCGACUGGUCUAAGACAAUUAACGGCAAACCGCAGUUGACCGACGACGCCGAACGGUGCGCUAAGCUUUUCCUCACCUGCUUGUCCACUCUGUUUGAAUAUCUCAGCAAGCUGAUGAAUGAGUGUCAGCACGCGUGGAUAUCUGACAAAAUUCAUUCAACUACGGAUCUCGGAAAAUGGUUCGGAGAGUGCGGCUUCCAUGUUUCCACGUCUGACGCAAACCGGGACGGUGAGUUGAGGAAUGAGUCGAAAUUGCAGGGUCGUAACAUCUUGCCUCUGAUCACUAAGGAUAACCACGUUUUCAACAGAUACUACGUAGGAAACCUGAAAGACAUUUUCGGUUACCUACACGACUAUCUUCGUGUCUGCCACCUCACUCCCCGUCCUAAGCCUAGGUCACCGUGCAGCGUGUACGACAUGCUCUGCUGGCUGACUGGCCUCACUUACAGAUCGUACUACCAAGACUUGUUACUUAACAGCUUUAGUGAUUUGCUCGACAAGCCGGAAAAAUCGGACGACGCUUUUGCGGUAGACGGUAUCGGUCUCGAAAUCCAAACUGCCAAAUCCUUACUGGCGUAUCCCCAAACCAUCACCGCCGCGAAUUUAACAGACGCCAUCACAGAAGUAUGCUACUACGCGGAAGAUGUAUUGAUCACCGUACUCGGCCACGGAGAUGCUGACUGCACGUACGCCGUUGAGCAUUCCAACAACUCACUCAACUUGUAUUAUCCGCCUCGCAGUGAGGACUGCCUUCAGAUGAUCAUCGAUGUGCUUCGAAGUAUGCUGCAGCCGCUCACAUUUUUGAAAAAGCAAUGCGCGCUGGAAACAAAAUAUUACGGUUGGCAGCAGUGUACGUAUGGCAGCGGGGUUCAGCCUUCCUGUUGGCAGUGCGGUGAGCACUCUUCCAUCUAUCCGUCGUCCAGUCACGAUUGUUCAGGCACGUCGCCCCUGCAGCUGUACCUGACUGACAGUCUAGGAGGCAUGUUGCCUCACAGUCUGAGUUCCAUCGGUUGCAAGUCGUCAUGUUCCACCUGCACCAAAUCGUCACCUGGGAUGCCAUGUUUGACUCCCCUCGGAUUCAGCCGUUUCUCGAGAGGUACGCGCACAGGUAAAGACCUAAGCAACGUGCUGACCAAAUUCCUAAGUAACGACCAUGUUGCGUGGCUGCUCACGCUGGUCCCCAAACCGCCAUCCACAUUGCCCGAACACUACGGUUUUGUCACGUCGCUUGUACUUAGCAGUGUUGUACCAUUGACUCAACGGCAAGCUACACAUAAAUCUGUUGCUGAUGCGUUUAAAAAGUGUAUCUCCGAACAGACUAUCGAUCUCUAUAAUAAUCCUACUGAUUUGACAAACGCGCUCGGUAACGCAUAUGGCUGCAGCCAGACCGGUCAUGAAGCAAAGAGCCAUCUCCCUCCAUAUGCUGACUUGUCCAGCAUUUCGAUGACUAACACGUGCCCCGAUCAAGAUGUUCACUGCGCUCCAUACAUCGACUGCUUAUCUGCCAACUGCUAUAAAUACAUGGCCAAGCAACACGCUAACCUGUAUUUUUCGUGGUCUAUAUAUUUGCCAUGGAAUCUAUGGAAAUGUCUCUGUUCUCUACUUGACGCAUUUGGAAGCAUCAACUGCAAAAGUUUCGGGUGCCCCGGAUGUUCAUGUACACCAUCAUCUCACGGCGCCAAACACAACUGCAGUUGCAGAGCUCUUGUAUGUUGCCGUGCUGUGCUGCCAACGUUCUACAGAUACGGGUUCACAUUUAAGGACCCUAAAAUGUUGCUGGAUGGUAAGAACAGAAAGCGUUGCAGUCAUUUCUACACUCAACUGGAGAGUGUAGUCAAAUCGACGUAUUUCACCAAACUAUUCGAUCAGUGCGAUAUGAUCUUGUGGAGAAUCCGUGAACCAUUCUCCUACCUUGUCUUGGCCCUCUGGCUCCUCUCUUUGUUGUACCUCCUCCACAUCAUGGUCAUCCGCCUAGACCUCCUCCACAUCAAAUCGCAUCUACAUAGUCCCUCAUCACAUCGCAUUGCCGCUCAAUCAUUGUUGGCUGCUGCACGUGUUGGCAAACUGGGCAGGGUGUUUUAUCUGCAACCGUAA